GGCAGGACUGAAAAUACACAACAUUCUCAAUUCAAGAUAAACGGUUACACUUAAACAGAGAUAACACUCAACAUCAACUGUGACGUUAAGUUGAUUUAAGCUUCAGUGUUUAGCCUUUUUAUAAGUUAAUCGGGGAACUUUCUUUUCGUCUUGGUGUCCCCACAACUCGCAAAUAUAAAAAUACAUGCACAUUAACGUGUGCGGAACUUAAACAGGCGUUUUUAUUUUCAUCAUGGCUUCUUCGUUUAAAAUCGGAGAAAGAUUUAAGGAGAGGUUGAGAGAUUUACUGGAAAGCAAAUCUGCCAUAUCGGAGGAGCUGAAAGAGGAGUUGAAGACUUUCAAAGAUCAGUCCAUCAUACCCUUCAAGACUGUGAGGAAACUACACAAGCUUCUUCAGGACAAUGGACACCCAGUGCAUCUUCACGAGCUGUUUGAAGACAGCACCCUUCAUCUUCCAGAAGUCAUCACACCUCCAAGAAACCCUCAGCUGGUGGCCCGUCUCGAAAAAAUUAAAGCAAAACUGGCCAAUGAAGAAUAUAAGAGAAUAACACGGAACGUAAAUCCACAGGAAAUGAAUCAACAUGGAACUUUAGCAGACUUUGGAAGACAAGUACGCUCCGUGAAGGCUGUUGUUGUUACUGUAUUCAACUUCCUGGUAACUGUAAUUGCAGCAUUUGCCUGUUCAUAUCUGGGCAGCCAGUAUAUCUUCACUGAGACGACAGCAAGAGUAAUAGCUGCCGUUAUUGCAGCAUCUGUUGUCGGCCUUGCUGAGCUCUAUGUUCUGGUCCGGACUAUGGAAGGAGAUCUUGGAGAGCCCUAAUAGUGACUAAUAUUAUUAAAUAUUUCCAGUUUUUGUUGUUGUUAACUUGUUUCACCAUACAACUGUUUUAGUUUCUUGUUUUCUUCCGAAUCAAAACCCUGCAGCUUAACAAAUCAAUCUUGAUCUAAAAAUUUUAUCUAAAAGAUCACAUUUAUUAGUAAAAUAAAUUACACACACACACACACCAGACUAUACAUUAUUCAUAUGACUGUCUAGUUUUUCCACAAUUCUAGUGUUUGUAUUUAUUUUUUAUUCCUUCAUGGACAUUAUUUCUUUAAAGCGACAUGAUUGUAAAUGAUUUGUGCUUGGAUGUUUAUUGUGACUGACUCCCUAGAAGUAGUGUGGGAAAAUGUGAUUAAUAAAAUAAUAAAAGAAUGCUUAAGUCAACAGCAUUUAAAAGAAAAAA